AUGUACAAGGGAUUAUCUACUGGAAUCAGAACUUUUAGCACUGCCAACUUUUUUGCCACUGGUAAGGGUAAGGCACCACUCCGUGUCGCCAUUACUGGUGCCUCUGGUCAAAUCGGUUACCAAUUGUUGUUCAGAAUUGCCAGUGGUGAUAUGCUCGGUAAGGACCAACCGGUCAUUUUGCAAUGCCUCGAGUUGCCAGGUGCCAUGAACGCCUUGAAGGGUGUCUCCAUGGAACUCGACGAUUGUGCCUUCCCAUUGUUGAAGGGAAUCGUCCAAUCGGACAACCCAGAGGUUGCCUUUGAAGGUGCUGACUAUGCCCUCUUGGUCGGAGCCAAGCCACGUUCCAAGGGAAUGGAGCGUGGAGAUUUGUUGGCUGCCAACGCCCAAAUCUUCUCUGUCCAAGGUAAGGCCCUCGACAAGACCGCCAACCGUGACACCCUCCGUGUCUUGGUCGUCGGUAACCCAGCCAACACCAACGCCUUGAUUGCCGCCCGUAACGCACCAAACAUCGAUCCAAAGCGUUUCUCUGCCAUGACCCGUCUCGACCACAACCGUGGUUUGGCUCAAUUGUCACAAAAGGCCAACUGCUCCGUCACCGACAUCACCGAUUUCUGUAUCUGGGGUAACCACUCUGCCACCCAAUACCCAGAUAUCACCAGCACCAAGAUCUCUGGAAAGUCCAUUAGCAACUACAUCAGCGACAACGCCUGGAUCAAGGACAACUUCAUCCCAACCGUCCAACAACGUGGUGCCGCCAUUAUUGCCGCCCGUGGACUCUCGUCCGCCGCUUCCGCCGCCUCUGCCGCCAUCGAUCACAUGAGAGAUUGGACCUACGGAACCAACGGUCAAUGGACCUCCAUGGCCGUCUUCUCUGACGGAUCGUACGGUGCCGACAAGGGACUCUACUUCUCAUACCCAGUCAUCUGCAAGAACGGACAAUACGAAAUCGUCCAAGGACUCAAACUCGACCAAUUCUCCAAGGAGAGAUUCGAUGUCACCAACAAGGAGUUGAUCUCUGAACGUGAUGCCAUUGCCCACCUUCUUCCAUAA